CAUGGCUGAUUUUCAAAUAAAAUCAUAUUCUAUACUUUUAGGUGGAUGGAAACUUUUGGGGACACUACUUAACCCACUACAGCAUGACAAAGAUAACAGGGAUAAAAGGUGUGAAAUGUUUCUCUUAUUCUACAAGUAUGAUCAGCCUUGCAUGUCUACCGUAUAUUUUUUCACAAAGUAAUACUAUAUUUGGAAAUCUGCCUUUACAAAUCCUAUUUUAUGGUGUUAUCGGAAGCUUUACAGUGAUUACCCCAGCACUGCUUCAUUUUGUUACAAAAGGCUAUGUCAUUCGGUUGUACCAUGAGGCCACAACAGACACUUAUAAAGCCAUUACUUACAAUAUUGUGCUUUCAGAAACGAGCACAGUGUUUCACCAGAAUGAUGUGAAGAUUCCAAACAGCACACAUUUGUUUACCACAUUUUAUGCUAAAACAAAAUCACUGUUAGUUAAUCCAAUGCUCUUUCCAAAUCAUGAAGACUAUAACCAUCUAAUGGGUUAUGACAAACCAUUUACUUUUGAUAAAGAGGAAGACAAUGAAAAGAAACCGCUCGGGGAUGAGGAGUGAGCCUGUUGUUUUUAGGUUUGUGCUUCAAUGUAAUUUAUGUUAGCAGGUGUAAGAUUGCCUUUACUUUUGUAUUGUUAGUCAUUGUUAAAAAUAAUUUGAAACUAUCAGCUAUUAAUUUCCAGAGAAUGAUCCUUAGAAUAAGCUAUGUUUGGAAAAUAAAAGAGGUCUUAUGUUUGUUAAAAAGUGUGGAUAUCCAUGCAUGCUGUUAUAUGCAUGGAUGAUGUAAGUUGUGAUUGCCCCUAUACUAGGAAUCAGAUGUCAGAAGCAAACAGGAGUGUUGUGUUUUUCCUUAUGUUUGGAUAUUUCUAGGUGUAUGAAUAUUCUUUUCCCACAUAAAAACAUUUUGAAAGUUGUCACUGCCCAUAAUAACGUCCAUGUAUAGUUUGUGGUCUGAUGUAAGAGAAAGGAAGGAGCAAGGUACAAUAUUCCCUUCCAGGUCACAUUCCCAGUGACCCACCUCUUCCACUCAGGCCCUCCUUCCUAACAGCACAUUCAGCUGUGAACUCAUCAAUAGAUUAACCCACUGGUGAGUUAUACCACCUCCAUCUCUGAGCACAUGGGGACUUCUUAGGUAUAAACCAACCACAUGUAUGAGGGAGGUGGAAGGGAGGAAAACAGGAGCAUCCCUCAUUCACAGGGAAAAGUCAUUCAAGUCCAAGGUGGUUAGAAGCUUAUUCAUAGAGGAUAGCUUGGGGCAGAAAAGCUAUUUUCCUGAGAUCUAGAGCCUGUCUUGAUAGGAUCAGCUUGAUCAUCAGACUCAACUCCCACCUGCAUUCCUGUUUGCCACCUUAUGCUCAGGUUGGGCCUCUACCUCCUUGUUCUCUGUCUGUUGUUGUCUGCACGGAUGCCUGUUGUUAUCCUGGCAGUGAAUGAGAUACCUUUCUAGAAAAAGUUACUUCAUGAUCACAUGUUUAUUAGAAAGUCAUUCCUAGUUUCACUUAGGAAAAAUAACUGGUUAUCAUUUUGAAGUUUUUUCAAGAUCCCUCAAUUUGUUUUGAGUAUGUCUCUUUUUUUUAAGUCUUUACUGUAAUUAAAUGUAUUCACAAUUUACAUAAAUGUUUAAUCUUCAAGAAACAAAUUCAUAAGAUGCAAAACCAGGAAACAAGUUCAUUAGAUACUGCUGCUCUUAAAAGCACAGAUGGUAAGGUGAGCUGCAAGGAACAGAAAGGUAAUCUCACACUUAAGCAAGGUGUAUGUAGCUCCUUAAGUGUCGUACUAAAAUGAUCAUUUUUCCACCUAUGGAAGUAUUUUUUAUUUGCUCGUAUAAAAAAAGAAAAUCCAGAAGACUAGGAGGAAAAGAAGCACUAAAUGGGAAAGGUGACUUCUGAAGGUCAUGGCUUGCAGUGAGACUAGGACAUAGGAAGGAUUAGCAAUUAUUUCUGAAAGUAUCAAAAUCAGCACAAACAACUUGGGCCACAAGGAAGAUAAAUAUAUGUGCUUCCAUCAUGCCACUGUGGUGCCCUCACCGCAGAGUUAAUCUCAGCAGGGAGGGUAAUGAGUCUUCCAUUGUGUAGGAGCAGGGGUGGUGAAUCUUAUUUGACUCAAGGCAGGGUUGUGAUUGGUAAUGGAUGUCUAGUUGCAUUAACACUUAGUGGAUUAUAUGCCACAAACAGCAGGGAAGAGCCACCGCCACUGUGCAUGGUACCAACCAAUAGACUUGUGGCCUGGACAGAAUAAAAAGGAAAAAAAGAGAAAGUCUUCCCUUUUCUUUGGAGGAGUUCUGGUCUUCACCAUUGUCUUUGGAUGUUGGUUUUGUUCUUUCAGGCUUCCAGAACAGAUUCUGGCUUUCUAAUAGACACUUUGGCUUU